GCCCCUGUGGGACUUGGGGCAAACUGCCCACUAGCCCCGCCCUCCAGGCGGCCCUGCUUGCCAGAGCUGGGACCCGAGGGCGGGAGGUUAAGCGUAGAAUGUGGGUCAGGAAAAACAAACAAAGAACAACGUAUUAAUCAAUGACAUCAUCAUCUCCCCCCGCUCGGUGCCCCCAGCCCUAGCGACGCAGGAGGUCCUGUGGCAGAGGCUAGUGACAGGUCUAACGCCGCCCCGCCCGCUUCUCUCGCAAGGGGAGGCGCGAGCGCCUGUGGUUUGUCUUGUCCCUCGCCGCGCGCCGUAGCGGUGCUCCCGGCUUCUGCCGCCUGAGACUGUUUGCAAGAUGGCGGCCGCGCGGUCGGCUCUGCGCGGUCGGAUCCCCGCAGCCGGGUAGAGACAUCUCCCGCACCUCCCCCGACGCUGCUCCGCGCCGGGCUGCAGACAGGAGCCUGCUGCUGCCAUGCCGCCCUCGGUGCAUGCAUGAGAGACGUCGCCGAGCUGCUCCCUGCUGCCGCCGCUGCCGCCAUGGAGGAGCCACCACCACCGCCGCCGCCGGGGCUGAGCCCGGGGAGAGAGUGCAAGUCAGAAGAUGUUGCUUGCAAAAUUUCUGAAUCUGAACCUGAGGAAUUAUCAGAUGAAGCCAGUGCUGACAUUUUCUAUGGAACCUCUCCUCCUAGCACACCCCGACAGAUGAAACGUAUGUCAACAAAGCAUCAGAAAAAUAAUGUUGGGAAACCUACUAGCCGCUCCACUUUGAAAGAAAAGAUGAGUGCACCAAAUCAGCCUCCACAAAAAGACAAUGGCAAAACCACUGACAAUGUGGAAGAACACAGCUAUAAGCAUGGGAAAAAGAUCCGAGCCACCCUUAGGACAACAGAACGAGAUCUCAAGAAAAAUGUGCAGUGUUCAUUCAUGUUAGACUCAGUUGCUGGGUCCUUGCCAAAAAAAUCAAUUCCAGACGUUGAUCUCAAUAAGCCUUACCUCAGCCUUGGCUGUAGCAACGCUAAGCUUCCAGUCUCUGUGCCCAUGCCUAUAGCCAGAACUGCACGCCAGACUUCUAGGACUGAUUGCCCAGCAGACCGCUUAAAAUUUUUUGAAACCCUGCGGCUUUUGUUAAAGCUUACCUCAGUCUCAAAGAAAAAGGACAGGGAACAGAGAGGACAGGAAAACACCUCCUCUGUCUGGUUGAAUCGAUCCAAUGAACUGCUCUGGCUUGAGCUACAAGCUUGGCAUGCAGGCCGGACCGUUAAUGACCAAGAUUUGUUUCUGUAUACAGCCCGUCAAGCCAUCCCAGAUAUUAUUAAUGAAAUCCUCACCUUCAAAGUGAAGUAUGAAAGCUUCUCCUGUGUAAGAAAUGGAGCCAGUUUCAAUGGUACUUCAGGAGAAGGACAUUGCAAAGCAGCCCAUGGAACUAGUGCUGUGGAUUACACAAGUUACUAUGAACACCUCCAUCAUCAGCGGGUCUCCUUUGAGCAAGUAAAGAGGAUAAUGGAGCUGCUAGAGUAUGUAGAAGCACUUUAUCCAUCUCUGCAGGCCCUUCAAAAGGACUAUGAAAAGUAUGCUGCAAAGGACUUCCAAGACAGGGUGCAGGCACUCUGUCUGUGGUUAAACAUUACAAAAGACUUAAACCAGAAACUAAGGAUUAUGGGAACUGUUUUGGGCAUCAAGAAUCUGUCUGACAUUGGCUGGCCAGUGUUUGAAAUUCCUUCUCCUCAACCGUCCAAGGACAAUGAUCCAGAGGAUGAGAAAGAUAGGAGGGAAGCGGAAGUAAAAGAAUCCUCAGGAACAUGCAUAGAGGGAAGUGAAGAUGAAGAACAAAUCUCUGAGGAGAAUGUUGAGGAACUCAGACAAGCCAUCAAGAACAAUCUUACCAAUAAGCCAAAUUUUGACUUUCAGCUACAGGACCAUUUUUCAAGGAAGCUUGACAGGCUUGAAUCAGAGGAUGACUUGGCCUGUUGGGUUAUUCCAGAGUGCAGUGCCGAGGCAGGCUGCAGCAGACACUGUUUGACCUCUAUUUACAGGCCAUUUGUAGACAAAGCACUGAAGCAAAUGGGGUUGAGGAAGCUAAUUUUAAGACUUCACAAGCUAAUGCAUGGUUCCUUGCAAAGGGCCCGUAUGGCAUUGGUAAAGGGUGAUCACCAGCUGGAGUUUUCGGAAUUCCCAGAUCCCAUGUUGUGUUCAGAUUAUGUGCAGUUGUCAAAUUCCUCAUUCUCCUCAGAGCAAAAAUGCAGCACUGUAUCAAUGGAAGAGCUGAAAUCUAUGGAUUUACCAUCUUUUGAACCUGCAUUCUUGGUCCUUUGCCGAGUACUUCUCAAUGUUAUCCAUGAAUGUCUCAAGUUAAGGUUGGAACAAAGGCCUGCUGGGGAACCAUCUCUCUUGAGCAUUAAGCAGCUAGCAAGAGAGUGUAAAGAGGUCCUGAAGGGUGGCCUGCUAAUGAAGCAAUAUUAUCAGUUUAUGUUACGUGAGGUGUUAGAUGACUUACAGAAGAUUGACUACAACAUAGAUUCUUUUGAAGAGGACCUGCAUAAAAUGUUAAUGGUUUAUUUUGAUUAUAUGCGAAGCUGGAUCCAAAUGCUACAGCAGUUACCUCAAGCAUCUCAUAGUUUAAAAAAUCUUUUAGAGGAAGAAUGGAAUUUCACCAAAGAAAUAACUCCUUAUAUACGAGGAGGUGAAGCUCAGUCUGGAAAACUGUUCUGUGAUAUUGCAGGAAUGCUGCUGAAAUCAACAGGAAAAUUUCUAGACUCUGGUCUGCAAGAUAGCUGUGAUGAAUUUUGGGCCAGUGCUGAUGACAGUACUGCAUCAGAUGAAAUCAGGAGGUCUGUUAUAGAGACCAGUCGGGCACUGAAAGAGCUCUUUCAUGAAGCUAGAGAGAGGGCCUCCAAAGCUCUUGGCUUUGCUAAGAUGCUGAGGAAGGACCUUGAAAUAGCAGCAGAAUUCACAUUGUCGGCCCCCGUGCAAGAGUUCCUGAAUGUCCUGAAAACAAAACAGUAUAUGAAGGUGCAAAUCCCUGGACUUGAAAACUUACAUGUGUUUGUCCCAGAUAACCUUGCAGGGGAGAAAUCUGUGAUUUUACAGCUGCUGAAUGCAGCUGCAGGAAAGGAUUGUUCUAAGGAUUCAGAGGAGGUUGCAUAUGAGGCCUACUUACUGAUGACCAAGCACAGUGAUAAAGACCAUGAAUUAGAUGACAGCUGGAGCACAUGGGAAGGACAGCCAGUCAAAAUAGUGCCUCAGGUGGAAACUGUUGAUACCUUAAGUAGUAUGCAGGUUGACAACCUCCUCUUUGUAGUCAUGCAAUCUGCCCAUCUUGUGAGUCAGAGAAAAGCUUUCCAACAGUCUAUUGAAGGGCUCGUAUCUUUGCAUCACGAACAGACAUCCAGCCAGCCAGUCAUUGCCAAAGCAUUGCAGCAGCUAAAGAGCGAUGCAUUACAGCUAUGCAAUAAGAUAAGCUGUGCCAUUGAUAGAGUUGAUCGCAUGUUCACUUCUGAAUUCGAUGCUGAGGUUGAUGAGUCUGAAUCCGCCACUUUGCAGCAAUACUACCGAGAAGCCAUGAUUCAGAGUUACAAUUUUGGGUUUGAGUACCAUAAAGAAGUUGUUCGCUUGAUGUCUGGAGAAUUCAGACAGAAAAUUGGAGAUAAGUAUAUCAACUUUGCCAGAAAAUGGAUGAAUUAUGUACUAACAAAAUGCGAGAGCGGUCGAGGCACUAGACCCAGAUUACAGUUAGAAAGAGAUCACCCACAAAUGACAACUGCACUCCUUGUGCUUCAAUCUGAGCUGAAACCCAAUUGGAAUAGGUGGGCAACACAAGGUUUUGAUUUUCUUCAAGCCAUUGAGCCAGCCUUUAUUUCCGCUCUGCCUGAAGAAGAUUUCUUGAGUUUACAAGCUCUGAUGAAUGAAUGCAUUGGCCAUGUAAUUGGAAAACCUCACAGUCCUGUUACAGGUUUGUACAUUGCUAUUCAUCGAAACAGUCCUCGUCCUGUGAAGGUACCUCGAUGCCACAGUGAUCCACCAAAUCCUCACCUUAUCAUCCCAACUCCUGAAGGGUUCAGCACGCGGAGUGUCCCUUGUGAUGUACGGAACCAUUGCAGCGCUGCUGUCAGUCGCCCCGCUCCCAUCAGUAGCGACUCAGCUCAACCAAAACCUGUCAGCAGUGCAAAUGAUACCAGGGGUUCCAGUGUCCCUGAAAAUGAUCGACUGGCUUCUAUAGCAGCUGAGUUGCAGUUUAGGUCCCUGAGCCGUCACUCAAGUCCCACUGAGGAUCGAGAAGAACCAUUGUAUCCUAAAGGAGACUUGAGUGGAUCAGUCCGAAGGAGUUGGGAGCUUCGAACUCUAAUCAAUCAAACCAAAGAUACUGCUUCCAAGCAAGGACCUAUUGAUGCUAUUCAGAAGUCUGUCCGGUUGUUUGAAGAAAAGAGAUACAGAGAAAUGAGGAGGAAGAACAUCAUUGGCCAAGUCUGUGAUACCCCCAAAUCCUAUGAUAAUAUCAUGCAUGUAGGUCUAAGGAAGGUGACCUUCAAGUGGCAGAGAGGAAACAAAAUUGGUGAAGGCCAGUAUGGGAAAGUCUAUACAUGUAUCAGUGUUGACACCGGUGAACUGAUGGCAAUGAAAGAAAUAAGAUUUCAACCGAACGAUCACAAAACUAUCAAAGAAACUGCAGAUGAACUGAAAAUUUUUGAAGGCAUCAAGCAUCCUAAUCUGGUUCGUUACUUUGGUGUGGAGCUUCACAGGGAAGAAAUGUAUAUCUUCAUGGAGUACUGUGAUGAGGGCACUCUGGAAGAGGUGUCAAGGCUGGGCCUUCAGGAACAUGUCAUUAGGCUCUACACGAAGCAAAUCACGAUUGCUAUCAAUGUACUACAUGAACAUGGUAUAGUUCAUCGGGACAUUAAAGGAGCCAAUAUCUUCCUUACCUCAUCAGGACUGAUUAAGCUGGGAGACUUUGGUUGCUCAGUAAAAUUAAAGAACAACACACAGACAAUGCCUGGAGAAGUGAACAGUACUCUGGGGACUGCAGCAUACAUGGCACCUGAGGUAAUUACUAGAGCUAAAGGAGAAGGGCAUGGCCGUGCAGCAGACAUCUGGAGUCUGGGCUGUGUUGUAAUAGAGAUGGUUACUGGCAAGAGACCCUGGCAUGAAUAUGAGCACAACUUUCAGAUCAUGUAUAAAGUGGGGAUGGGUCAUAAGCCUCCUAUCCCUGAAAGGGUAAGCCCAGAAGGAAAAGACUUCCUUUCUCACUGCCUGGAAAGUGAUCCAAAGAUGAGAUGGACAGCUAGCCAGCUCCUUGAUCAUCCAUUUGUCAAGGUUUGCACAGAUGAAGAAUGAAGUUACUCAAUAUGUGGCCUCUUGUACUCUGGCGAAGUAUCUGCUAAUCACUACUGUAUGUAAUAUUUACAUAAAGACUGUGCUAAGAAACAGUAUAAAAUUUAAACUUACCAUGACUGAAGACUGCACAAGUGACAAGCGUCACUUUUACUGCUGCUCCUGUAUGUUUUACUUGGCACAUGUUGCUCAUGUGCCAGUGUCCGCAAGUUUAAAGAAGCUGCAUGUUUCAGUGAAAGUGCCAUUACUACUGUAUAUGGACCAUUACCUUUUUGUUCUUCUUUCUUUAAAUGUUUGUUUCUCAUUUAAGUGAGAACUGUAAUGUUAAUAUGUAGUAUUUUUGGACUUUCUAGGUUCGAAAAAAGUUGUAGUGUUAUCAGGCGUUCUGGACCUUGUUUUUUAAAUCUCCUAUUUGAGUGCACUGACUGUGAACUUUUACUCUGUUUUUUUGCCCAGCUUCAGAUUUGUUAUGCAAAAGGCUGAUUAAUGAAAUUACAGAAAAAGUUUUUCUCAAUAAAUGGUUUAUUUUAGGAA